AGUAACGUUUUAUAUACCUGCUCUUUUGCUACAAGGUAAUGGAAUCUACAGCAUAAGCCAUUCAUCGGUAAAACAACGGGGGGAGAGAUCUCUGACGUGUGAAAUCGAGGGUGUCCCCAGUCCCAGAUAGGAGCAUCCCUCUACCUCUGUCACGCCACGUUCGGGGCGACCCCCAACACCACUGCAGUCUGAGCGCCAGGCAUAUUUUUGAGCUUCUCAGUGUGGCCUAGAACAGCUCUGGAUGACCCCAUCCCAAACACACUCCAAACGAGGUGCCAUACAGAUCUGCCUCGCGAGCACAGCGCUGCGACCGUCAACUUUAUGGUUACACCAACUGAAUAAGCUGGAGGCGUUUGAUAGCGGUGUGGUUUUCUUCAGCAGUGAGAAAUGUAUUUUUGAUUUCCUUUCUAUUUUCUUGUGAUGGGAUGAUUUCAUAAACGGUCAAACAUGGGUGAUUUAGCAGCUACAGAAACGUCGUUUCUGCAUUGUUUGAAUGAUAUAAUCCCCCUAAGCGAAAAUGAAUACAUAUAUAGUGAAAUGUCAUUUCCUCAGUGUUCAAACAAUAUUAGCGAAUUGAAUGACGAAGAACUAGAUGUAAACGACCAUUCCUCCCCCUCGGAAACAAACUCAUGCUAUCCACCAACAUUAGAUAGCGCACUGGAAGUAGUUUUAGACAGCCACCAAAACUAUGAAGCAGACCUUGUGGUUUUAAAUCAGCACGCAGACAAAGUACCUCUGUCUUCAGUUCUAACUCCUCCUAACGAUGAAGCAGACGUUAUAUAUGAUUCAACAGAUAGAGAAACGUCAUUUAAUCAAUGUUUGAAUAAUAUAAGUGGCCUAAGCGAUGAUGAUUAUACGUAUGAUGAAAUGUCAUUUCCUCAGUGUUCAGACAAUAUUAACGAUCUAAGUUAUGACGAGCUAGUUGUAAACGAACCUACCAACCCCUCAGAAACAAACUCUAGCUAUCCAAUAACAUUUGAUGGCAUUCUGGAAUGGGUGUUAGAUUGCUACCAAAACUCUGACGCAUAUCCUGGUCUGGUGCAUUUAAAUCAGCUCGCAGACGAAGUCCGUGUGUCAAAUAAUGUUAGCGAGGCCCCCGUUAAUGCUGAAUCAGCAGCUUCCUCUGUGGAAGAUGGCGGGUACAUUGACGACAGUAUGGAUGGUUCAGAAGCACUAGCUUCCUCAGUGGAAUACGGUGGUUACAUCGGCGACGACGAUAGCAUAGAUGGUUCAGAAGCACUAGUUUCCUCAGUGGAAUACGGCGGAUACAUUGAUGACGAUAGCAUGGAUGUUUCAGAAGCAUCAGUUUCCUCUGUGCAAACCGGUGGAUACAUUAUCGACGAUGACAGUAUGGAUGCUUCAGAAGCAGCAGUGUCCCCCGUGCAAAACGGUGUACACAAUGAUCAAAACAGCAUCCCGAAUGCUCCCGAGGUAGCAGGCCCGUCGUUACAAAAUGGUGGAAAUGCUAAUGACAGUCGGAAUGCUUCAACACGUGUUGUGUCUCGACCUGUAUUCAAUAACAUAGAACUGAGUCAGUCUUUAGUCCUACCCCGUCCUAGCGCCGAGGCAGAUUACACAUCGUAUCACGUUAGUAUGAUGGCCAGUGUACAUGAGAUGCUGGAUGAGGCUUUUUUACUAACAAAUAGGGAAGAUCUUGUACAGAUUGAGUUAAGGGGGGAGCAACUGCAAGGUAACGUGUCAGCCAUUUUGAAUGCCAACCACGACAGUAAUCUGAAUGAUUUUGAUGAAGCGCUCUUCAACGCAGUGCAAUCAAAUUGGGCUGUAAUGGCAGAUAGCGAUCUUGAAUUAGUGGUGCAAAUUGUUCAAUCCCCUCGGGGUGGUGGGGAGAAACGAUUGGCUGGUAAAAUGUUGGACAAUGAAAUUGUUAAAAAGAAGAAGCGUUUUCUUUACAUUGUUCACAACCCCGUCAACCAGCUGUGUUUUGCUAUUAAUUUAGCACUGUUGCUGCAUGACAACCUCACUGAUAACGAAGGUUUUGAACGCGGUAGAGAGAUUCAGAGGGGGGUGGGUUUGACAGACCAGACAGCGGUGACAUUCACUGACAUUGAGAAAUUCGAAGAGAGUUUAAAAUGCAAGAUUGUGGUUUUUUACAGAGGCGAUGGAGAUCGGACCCUCUGUAAAUUCCAGACAGACGGUCCCAAAAGAGAUAAAACUGUGUUUUUAUUUCUCCUCGAAAACCAUUACUAUGGGAUUAAGAACUUGAAGGGUUUUCUAGGCGCCUCCUUUGUCUGUGAACACUGCUACACCGGCUACAACUCACGAUGGUUUCAUUCAUGUAAAGGCCAUUGUUUUGUCUGUCUUGACCCCUCAUGUACUCUGGAUGAGUUUAAACCCAUCUUUUGUAAAGACUGUAACAAAACUUGCCGUACGGUCGGCUGUCAUGCUCGACAUAAAAAACAGACACAGAGAGCAUCAGCCAUUGCCAGUAACUGCGAUUUACACAAAAAGUGUGUAGAUUGUCAACUUUCUUACUACAUUCCCAAGAGUAGUGCAGAUAAAACACACAAGUGUAUGGUGAAAAAAUGUAAGAUAUGUAACGAAAAGCUGCCCUCUGCUUCAACAGGCGAGUGUGUAGAACAUCAGUGUUACAUUGGUGUGUUACCCAAAGAGACAGAGCACAACGACCACAUCGUGUUUUAUGAUUUUGAAACAAUGGCGGGGGCAGACGGUGUACAUGUCCCCUUCCUGGUGUGUACAAAAACCCUGGCAGGCGAAACUUGGGUCGCUGAGGGCACCGACUGUGCACUGCAGUUUCUGGCCCACUUUAGACUCCCUAAAUUCAAGAAUGCAACCUUCAUUGCUCACAAUGCCAAGGGUUUUGACAGCUAUCUCAUUAUCAAUGCAAUGAUUGAACAAGGGUUAAAACCAUCUUUGGUAAUGCAGGGAAGUAAAGUGAUUUAUUUUACUGACCAAGAUUUCAGACAAAAGUACAUAGAUUCUCUGUCUUACCUCUCUAUGCGGCUGGCUGCAAUGCCCAAAGCUUUGGGGUUCGAAGAUAAAACCAAGGGGUAUUUCCCUCACGGUUUCAGCUCUAAGGCCAAUCUGAGUUAUAUCGGACCUUACCCACCAGCACACUGUUAUGGGAUUGAACGCAUGACAACUGAUGAAAAGAGUGACUUUUUCGCAUGGUAUGAGACGGUACGCACGGGUACUUUUGAUUUUCGAAAGCAGGCAUUGCUUUACUGUAAAAACGAUGUCGACAUUCUUGCACAGGGCUGCACUUUAUUCCGAAAAGGAUUCCUUGAAGAGACUGGUGUAGAUCCUUUUAGUCGUGCGACCAUUGCUUCGGCCUGUAUGAAAGUUUUCACCACAAACUUUCUGCCUCCAAAAACCCUAGCCAUCCCCCCGCCCGAUGAUUACCGUCGUGAAAACAAGACAUACUCCAGCGCUGGUAUCCAGUGGUUAGAUUGGGUGGCUCAUACUGAGGGGGUAUUUAUUCAACAUGCGUUGAAUGAAGGUGAGAAACGAGUGGGACGUUUCGUCGUAGAUGGUUUUGCUGAAGUUGAGGGAGUAAAGAUUGUCUGGGAAUUUCUUGGGUGCUUUUAUCACGGCUGUCCGUCGUGUUAUAAGGGGCAUGAGAAAAACCCCCUGACAGGUGGCACAUUUGAACGGCUCCAUGCAGCUAGUGAGGAAAAGCUGCAUGAGCUACAGUCUGUUCACGGGGCCAAAGUGAUCGUUAUGCGAGAGCAUACAUGGGGUGAGAUGAAAAAAUCCAAUCAAGAUUUGCAGGCUUUCCUCAGGGAUUACAAAGCUCCAGAACCGUUGACCCCCAGGGCUGCUUUAUACGGGGGAAGAACGUGUGCAGUGAAGUUGAGGUACACGGCAGCGGCAGAUGAAUUGAUUCAUUAUUGUGAUUUCACCUCCCUGUACCCCUUUGUAAACUGCACAGGCCUCUAUCCCGCUAGGCCACCCUCAGAUCAUCUUCCGAGAUUUCAAAGAUCCUCAGAGUUAUUUCGGGUUAAUCAGAGCUACCGUAGAACCUCCCAGGGGUCUUUACUUUCCAGUUCUGCCUUACAAAACUGCAGCGGGUAA